UGAAAUAAUCCUUUUUACUGAUCCUACAUCCUUGCCCUAAUUCCCUCCAAGUUAAUGUUUGUUUUUGUUUUGUCCUUUUAACCGGUGAAAUUAUCCUAAAAGCAAUUGACAAGAUUCAUAUUAAUUUAUGAUAAACUUAAGUUUUAAUUUAGCUUUAACUAUUGUUUGAUGACAUUAUAAAAAUCAUACUACUCAAAUUUUGAUAGCUGAGUUUCUUAUAAUGGCUGGUAGAGGCAGAGGCGGUUUUAAACCAAAAUUUCAAAAUGAUUUAUUAACACAAUUAUCAAAUAUACAAGGGCCACGAUCAGGCUCGAAUAAUUUUGAAGAUGCACCGGAAACAUCUGCUCCAGUGCAUGCCAAUGACUCGAAAUAUGAAAGUUUAAUAAAUGCAAUAUUUAAAUUAAAAGCUGACGAUGAUGGUAUUUUAUUAAAUCAAAAAUUACAGUAUAUCACCGAAGUAUGGCAGAAAGUUUGCGAAACAGAAGAAGCUGUUGAACAGGCAUUGGACGUAAUGCAUCGUCGUGGAUUAUAUGAUGAAGCAUUUGCCUCACAACUCGCAAAUAUGAUGUCAUCGUUGUCGUUCAACUCUCUAGAAAUAAAUAAUGUUAAAAUUAGGAAUCAAUUUAUUGCAAAACUUCAGCACGAUUUUGAGAAUUGCAAAGCGUUGCAGUCAAAAAGUGCACUUGCUUUUCGGAAUGCCGUCAGAAUGUUAGGUGAAUUUUAUCAUAAAGCCAGAUUCACUUCUGGUAAGCCAAUAAAACUUUUUGCUACACCUCUUAAGACUUAUUUGGAAAUGCUAUUAGAAGCAGCACAAGAAGAAGAUUUAGAAUUAUUUACCACUCAGUUAUACAUAAAUGGAAAUGGUUUACGUUCGAAUUUGCCACAAGAUUUAACUGAAAUAAUGCUACGAGUUCGUACUCUACUUGCAUCAAACGAUAAAUUAUCAAAGACAUCUAAAUGCUGGUUAUUGUUAGCGAUAGACGUCGACAACCAUGAUUUUGGAUUACUUCCAACGGAAUUACAAAAAUUUUACGUCACAUACUUAGGCGAAAAAGUAAUUAAACAAUUUGAACGAAUUAAUACCGAGUUAACAAUUCAAAUUCACAAAAAUGAUUUUCUUGAUAAAAUCAUUAGCAACGUAACUGUACUAAAAGUGGAUAAUAGUGGAACACCUACACAAAAAUGGGAUGGUAACAUGUCAAAAGUGGGUGGUGGAGAUUCGUAUGUAACUAUUGAUCAAUCAAACACAUUAAUCAUCAAAAAUCAAGAAACGAGUUUCUCAAAAGCAGGAUACGAAAAUCAUGAUGGUCCAAAACCAAGUUAUGGUCGUGAAAAAUAUUUAGUAAAAGCACAAACGUAUAAAAAAAUAUCACCGGAUAAUGGUGCAACUAUAAAUAAUUGGGAUGGUGCUUCGCCAAAUGGUACUAAACGAGAUAAUAAUGCUCCAAGACCGAUAUUAGGUGUUGGAGUUCGACUACAAAAAUCUGAAAAUAAACGACAAGAUGAUAAUUGGCGAGAACGUACUGGAAAUAAUGAUGCAGGUGCAGGUGGUGAUUGGAGAGAGACUAAAUCCGAUUUAAAUCCAGCAGCUGCUGGAUGGGAACACAAAUCAAAAUCGGGUGGCGGGUCUGGUACAUCCGGUUGGGGAAAUGAUAAUCCUAAAGAAUCGUCUGGUAAAAAAUCUUGGAGCCAACAUGAUGAUCGAACAGAGACUGAUUAUACAAACUCCUAAAAUAAUAUUGUACUUAAAAUUUAUUUUUAAAUACUCACGAAUUAUCCGAAUUGGAUUAUUACCUUAAUUUAACCAUUUUUUUUUCUUUCGUA